AUGGAGUUCAUCACCGCCCUCCGGGGCACCUUGGACGACGGCAAGCCGUCCCUCUUCGAAGUCCUCUCCGAGCAGCAGCUCAACAACCUCCUGCCGCCGACCCUCCGCUAUCUCCUCACCAUCGCCACCCAGCGCCAUCCGCGAUACCUGCUGCGCAUCCUCAACUCCUUCGACGAGCUCUACGCACUGUCCAUGCUGCUUGUCGAGCGCCACUACCUGUCCACCCGCGGCGGCUCCUUUACCGAAAACUUUUACGGCCUCAAGCGUGAAAAGGCCCUGAGGGGCGAGAUUCCGCGCGCCAGCCUCGCCGCGCCGCACCUGGUGCGCGACACGCUCAAGUUGACGACGGCAGAUGUCUGGAAGAACCUCGCCGUCCUCGUCGCACUCCCUUACUGCAAGAGGAGGCUGGACGAGGCCUACGAGGUCAAUGCGCCCAGGGCCCUGCUAGGCGCCGCCUACACACGCAUGCCCGACAACCCAACCGUUGGCGACCGAUUCCUACACUACUAUCGUUGGUUCCUGCGCAACCUCUACCCCGGCGUCAAUGCCGCCUACUACUUCGCCAUGCUGGCCUUCAACCUGGCCUAUCUCUUUGACCGCACAAAGUACCACAACCCCUUUAUGUGGCUCAUUGGCACCAGACUGCGCAGGAUGACAAGGGCCGACUAUCAGGCCAUCGAAUCUCUAACUGACCAGUCAAAGGCCACUGCACGCGCCGGCCCGCGAUCAAUAUUUUCCCCCAGCGCACUCGUGUCCAGGGCUCUGUCGAGCUUGUCCAUGCUCCUUCCCAUGAGCAUAUUUGCGCUCAAGUUCCUCGAGUGGUGGCAUCAGUCCGACUUUGCCAAGCAGCUCUCGCGAAAGGCUACUGAACACAUCGACUUACCACCUCCGGUCCUGUCUAGCCCUAGGAGCAGAUGCACCUUUGAAAAGGGCGUCGGUGAGACAAAUGCACUCAAGUCCGACGAGGCGCACGAUGCCGACCUCACUGCCCAAGACGCCCCGACCGCGACGCCCUCGAUGCUUCCCAUCUUCGUCGUCCGCGCGCCGCAGGACGCCUCGGCCUGCCCGAUAUGUCAAGGCGAAAUAGUCACGCCGACGGCCUGCCAGACUGGCGUCGUCUUCUGUUACUCUUGCAUUCACAAGUGGCUCGAGGGGUCUCACCCCCGACAAGAGAGCUUCAUGGAGAGCCGUGCCGCGCAAUGGGAGAGUGGCCAGGGUCGGUGCGCCGUCACCGGUAAGCGCGUUCUUGGCGGGACCCAAGGUCUGCGGCGCAUCAUGGUGGGCCUUGCGUCGUGGAUGUCUCCUGGUGAGGCUUCGAGAACUGGAAUGCUCGCUUGA